UCUCACCUCGCCCUGUGUUUACGUGCGACUGACGCAGGAAUUGUACGUCAUUCCUUCGUCUACUACAUUUCCCAUGAACACUCGCGGUUGCUGAAGCUGCACCGGACAAUAUGGCAGGAAUCGGAGCUUUCCUGAGAAAUGCUUGGAAUAAGGAGCCUGUCAUCACGGUCGCCUGUGGUAUCGGCCUUGUAGGUAUGGUCCUUCCCUUCGUCAGCCCCUAUACAAAAUACACAGCAAUGAUGAAUUCAAUCGUACCGUACACCUACCCAGUUCCCGUGAGGGAUGACGGAAACAUGCCCGAUGUUCCUUCACAUCCAUGCGAAGCCAAAGGAAGAAGCUUGGAAUGGUUUAAAAAUAUGUAAUAUGAAUCAAAGGCCUGUAGCUCCUCCUGUUUGUCCUCCUCUUCAGUUUGCCCAGUUGUAAUUGUCUUACAGUAAAGAUACUAUUUAAUUUGA